ACUUUUAAAAGCAAAAUAGCAUGGGUAGUACACUUUGUGAGUGCGGACACAGUGGUUGCCAUGUGUUCCACUAGACUCUGGAGAAAGUAGGAGCGCGCGCACAGCGGCUCGCUCAGUUGGAAGUCGAGUGCGCUCCUAAGAAGAAGAGACGAGAAAAGGAGGGCUGCGUAAAGUGACUGGUGGAGUUGACGUCCGUACAGCUGCCGUGCUUUAUCUUUCUCUGUCUUUUAAAUUUAAAGAUACACGUUUAUAAUUUUUUUUAGAAGGCGUUGUAGAGGGAAAACGCAUAAUGGAGCCUCUAACGGUGACUGUUAGUGAUUUUUCCGAGCGGUAUCCUUCAGUUCUGUCAAACUCGAGCUUUGUGGAGGAACCAGCGGGACUUCUGUCCAACUGGAGCGGAGGCAGCAAGCCGAAGGCGGUAAAAGACAGCACUGCGGUCGCUAUAGCUGUGUGCAUCACCGCGCUGUACUCUGUCAUCUGUGUGGUGGGACUGUUCGGAAAUAUUCUGGUUAUGUACGGUGUAGUCAGGUACACGAAGAUGAAGACAGCUACCAACAUUUACAUUUUUAACCUGGCUUUGGCCGAUGCGUUAGCCACCAGUACUUUACCCUUCCAGAGUGCCAAAUACCUCAUGAGCACCUGGCCAUUUGGGGAGCUCUUGUGUAAAUUGGUCAUUGCAAUUGACUACUACAACAUGUUUACAAGUAUUUUCACUCUGACGAUGAUGAGUGUAGACCGUUACAUUGCUGUCUGCCAUCCAGUGAGAGCCCUGGACUUCCGCACGCCCAUUAAAGCAAAGAUCAUCAACAUCUGCAUAUGGAUUCUAUCCUCUGCUGUCGGCUUCCCAGUCAUGAUUAUGGCCGUUACAGUGACAACCACAGACAAAACAGUCUGCAUGUUGAAAUUCCCAGACCCGGAUUGGUACUGGGAUACUGUGACCAAGAUCUGUGUUUUCAUUUUCGCCUUUGUGGUUCCCGUCUUGGUCAUCACCAUCUGUUACGGCCUGAUGAUCCUUCGUCUCAAGAGUGUUCGCUUGCUGUCCGGCUCCAAAGAGAAGGACAGGAACCUCCGGCGCAUCACUCGUAUGGUAUUGGUUGUGGUGGCGGCCUUCAUCAUCUGCUGGACCCCCAUUCAUAUCUUCAUCAUCAUCAAAACUGUAGUGGAGAUCAACCAUAAGAAUCUGCUUGUGGUGGCGUGCUGGCAUCUGUGUAUUGCUCUGGGCUACAUGAACAGCAGCCUCAACCCGGUCCUGUAUGCUUUUCUAGAUGAAAACUUCAAGAGGUGCUUCAGAGAAUUCUGCUUGCCCUUUCGUUCCCGCAUGGAGCACAGCAGCUUUUCCCGAGCCCGUAGCGCCACGAGAGAGCCCAUCUCGGUGUGUGCCAAGUCUGAAUCGAUAAAACAGCCCACAUGACUAGACCUGGAACACAUGCCUCCUGAUACACAGCCGAGGACACGGAAAGAUCUGCAGUCUGAGGUCACCCAGAUCUCCACCACUGAGUUUUAAGCUCCUUUGAGGUAAACAUAACUUGACAAGAAGUCCAUAUACUGAAGGCAAAAUGCCAUAUUGGUUUAUCAGUCCUUUUUUUUUAUCCUUUUCUACCUUUCUUAAUUUCACUUUGUGGAAAAGCAAUGGAUGGCUCGCUGCAAAAUGAGAUCAUUUGGACCAAUGUACAGUAAUCAUGUUAUGGAAAAAAGACGUGGCCCUGAAUGGUCAACAGGAAAUCUACGUUCAUUAGUGGUAUAUAACCGAUCAAAGUGGAUUCCCAUAAUCAGAUUUUUAAAUGAAAGCCAGUGUGUUUCCCUGGAAAUGGUGUACUUGUAACUGAAAUACAAGUGUCCAAACAAUGAACUAAAUACACUAAUUAAUUUUCUCAAUUAAUCAGCUGUAAUAUUUUAAAGAAAGAAGUAUUCUUGAACAAUGAAAAUGCACAGAGGUAUUUCUCCACUCCAUAAUAAAAUGAUUUCAUGAGACCUGAGGAUAAAGAUAUAUGGAGAAAGAGAGAGGUGUUUGAAACAGAGGAUGGAGCAAAAUGUCAUCUCAAGGUUUGCAGGAUAGAUUUGCAUGGAUGACAGGGCUCCUUCCCUCAGGAUGGCCGUUUAAACACACUGUUAUAUAAACUUUUGACACAUUAUUCAUUUCUUGGUGUUUGAUAAGGUGUCAUUUUGUAAAUUUGUUCUACUAGUGAAGGUGUUUGAAGACCUUUGAGGAUGAAGUAUACAGUGUUCAUACUGGGAGCAUACAAUAGGUGUAGAUGUGCUCUAAGUCUAUUACAGAGGAGCUUUUAGAUAUUUUCAUCUUAGUUCUUUGUAAUGAAGUAUUUAGUGCAACCGUUCUUGCAUUUCAUUGCCAUUACCACAGAACAGCUGUUUUUUGACCUUCUUCAAAUUCCAAAGUUGAAAUGACAUUUAAUGAGUCAUUUUGUGAUAUUAGCGUUUGAUUCUAAAUGUCAGCUUUGUUGUAAAAAGGAGAGUGAUUUUAGUUUCUUAAGCUGUUAUAGACAAACUUUUUCCAGUCAAAGAUGUUUUUGUAUUAGCAGUGAAUAUUGCUUUGCUGUAGAACCUUGUAUGUACUUUUGUGCAGCUGUUAUAGAUAUUUUCUCAUGAUUAUAUUUUUAUGGAUGCACCACAAUUAGACAUCACAAAUGUCAGUGUUUAUGUUGUGAAAGCUGAAAAACAAUUACACUUUUCUGUAGAUUGCAUGAAUGUUGGGAAAAAAAUAACCUGCGUCUAAAAAAACCCUUUACUACACACAUGACAAGCAAGACUUCUAAGAUACACAUUCAUCUCACCAAGAUAUACAUUUAUCAUGUCAUUAUCUAUUGAAUGAUAAAUAAGCUUGUCAACCUUUUAAGGUGUUUUAAAGAGUGGUUUGGUAAAAUAUAACAAAAGCCUUAAAAAAAGAGAAAUGAAAAACUACUAUGCUAAUUUUCUGCAGGUACUUGUAAAGGUUAGAGACUCAAGCACUGUUACAUAAUCUCUUCAGCAGACAACCUAUAGACCCCUGUUAUGAAAUAUACUCGAUAAGUGCUUUUGAAACAAGACAAAAAUAAAAUGAGGUUGUUGUAUAAUGA